AAGCGAAAGCCGAUUGCACCAUCCUUGUAAACAUUAAAUUCGGCACGGGCUGCAGACUCUCUCGGUGACAGAAAGGUGUAAGGUACCUUUUAGAGGUUCGGAGCUGAGAAUUCGAAAAAAAGUUGAAGUGAUUUAUUUAUUCUAAUUAGCGAAACUGACCGUAUCGGGAGGGUUUUGAAACAGAGAUGAGGACUUGGGCACGAUGCUGCCCGUGCGUACAAACACGAACACUGGGCCGAGAUACGGCGUUCGGGCUGAACCGUAGACUUUUGCUUAACGGCUAAAAGGACAUACGGACCUGUGUAAACUGCACGAUCAGUAAUCAUCAGACUCACAAACCCCAUUUACAGUACCUCUGCCUGGGGCUACCGUUGGUCCCCGCUGACGUAACCUACGCACUGACAACUGGAUUUAAUUUUUUUGGAACCACUGCUACUGUACUUUUUUUGUGCGUGUGUGAGGUCAAACGAAAGUGGCACUCAAAAGUCUUUUCGGUUCGUCUCCUGUGGAUACAGUCAUAGACAAUGAGCCACGUUUUGCACGUUCACGUGUUUUUCUUUCGAACCUUUAUCACUGUGCUGCUAUUUGAGAGACCUCCUUUCGUAACAUGUAGGGGUACCCUCACGCAAACUUUAUCUAAUAACAGUAGCGUUACGCUCCUAGACGAUGGCGAGUCUGCGUCGUCUUUACCUGUGGAGCUGUUCAGUACUGUCAGCAGAACCAACGACUCACACGAGCAGACCACUGCACUCAGGAUGACGCCAGGAAUAACUCACUCUUCUCACUCAGUGGAAGGCCACAGCAGAGAAUCUAAGCCCUUGGACAGGACAUGGCCUUUUGCCAUUGUGGAUGGACACAGGAGGAGCUUAAGGAAAGUUUUACAGAAUGGUCACCCAGACACAUUGCUUUGUGGUCUGCAAGUGGGAGACAUCCUCCUCCUGCUAGACUUGGAGAAAAACCAGAAUCUGUUGCCUGCGCCACCCAAUAUCUUCUACUACUUGCCAAAUGGGACUGGGGUGUCCAUGGAGGAGGGUCCAGUGACUCACUGUUACUACCAUGGCUCAGUGAGAGGGUUCUCUCUGUCCCGUGUGGCAGUUAGCACCUGUGCUGGCUUACGGGGAGUGAUAAUAGUUAAUGCUAGUUUAAGCUUUGAGCUGCAGCCUGAUGAAGAGGAAGAGGAUGAAGGAGUGGAGGGGCGUGGAAGAUCAGAAGAGGAGAGGGGGAUGCACCUGCUCUACCCGAUCCACCAGCGAAGUUCUGAGUCGGGUGACUGUGGGGUUUCUCACACCUCCAUACCCCCCAUUCAGUUCACCCCACACAUGCACAGGAGUAAAAGAGAUAUUCUUUCAGAGACCAAAUAUAUUGAACUGGUGCUUGUUGCUGAUCACAAGGAGUACCUAAAUUAUCAGAAGAACAACAAGACUAUUAUUUAUCGCAUGCUGGAUGUGGCCAACCAGGUAGACUGGUUCUACCGGCCGCUGAACGUGCGCGUGGCCCUCCUGGGCCUGGAGAUCUGGAGCCACCGAGAUAAAAUCCUCGUAGAUAAGAGUCCCACUGACACGCUCAACCGCUUCCUGGAAUGGAGGACCAGAGAGCUGCUGCCACGGCUACGCCAUGACAACGCGCAGCUAAUCAUUGGCGAGUCGUUUGACGGUACCACAGUGGGCAUGGCCUCUCAGUCCUCCAUGUGCUCCAAGGACAGAUCUGGAGGAGUUAAUGUGGACCAUCUGGUGAGCGUGCUGGGUGUGGCUUCCACGGUGGCGCACGAGCUCGGCCACAACCUGGGCAUGAGCCACGACACAACCGAACGUGGCUGCCAGUGCCAAAAUGAGCCCCGCCUUGGCGGCUGCAUCAUGGAGCCCUCCACAGGGUUCAUGCCCGGUCAGUUGUUCAGCAGCUGCAGCAAGCACGACCUCUCCCUCAGCCUGCUACACGGCGGCGGCAUGUGCCUCUUCAACGUGCCCCAGCCCGAGGAGCUGCUGGGGGGCCCGCGCUGCGGGAACCUCUACAUCGAGACGGGCGAGGAGUGCGACUGUGGCCUGCUGGAUGAAUGUAAUGAUCCGUGCUGUAAUGCCAGCACCUGUAAGCUGGUUCCAGAUGCCCAGUGUUCCUCUGAUGGCAUUUGCUGUGAAAACUGUAAACUGCGUGUUGCCGGCUGGAUGUGUCGGGACCCUCUGGGUGAGUGCGAUCUCCCAGAGUACUGCAGUGGGACAUCCCCGUACUGCCCAGCCAACGUAUUCCUCCAGAACGGCGAGCCAUGCCAGGGGGGCACGUCCUACUGCUACAGCGGAGUGUGUGCCAGUCUGGACAACCAGUGCCAACUACUGUGGGGAUCCAACUCCACCCGUGCUCCGUCCGUCUGCUUCUCCUUCGUAAACAAGCAGGGCAACAAGUACGGCAACUGUGGCCAGAUGCGCGACGGCAGCUACAUCCCCUGCUCCAGUGCAGAUGUGCAGUGUGGUAAGCUCCAAUGUCAGGGAGGCUACACCUUUCUGGGAUCGAGCGCAGAGACAACUGUAGUGAGACUGAACCACACUGACUUCACCUGUCGAGGGGCAUAUUUUGACCUAGGCGAUGAUGUCUCUGACCCAGCCAUGGUGGCUCACGGGACUGCCUGUGCACCUGGGAAGGUGUGUUUAGACCAGCGAUGUCAGGAUGCAUCUGUGUUUGGUACCGAGGAGUGUCACAGGAAGUGCAGCGGUCACGGGGUGUGCAACAGUAACAAGAACUGCCACUGUGAUGUGGGGUGGGCUCCUCCAGACUGUCAGUACUCCGGAGCUGGGGGCAGUGUGGACAGUGGACCCUUACGCCAGCCCAGAGACUCUGAUCCCACGCGCGUGGCUCUGCUGGUGUUCUUCUUGUUCGUGCUGCCAGUGUUGCUGCUGCUCCUGGCAUUCCGGUUCCCUCGCUGCCGACGAAACCUCUUCUGUUUCAACAACACACCCUUCAGCAAGGCCAGACAGCCAAGCCGAACUCCAGUCAUCGAGCGACUAAGCGCACGCAAUGGCGAGCAGGUCCAGCCACUGAGGUAUCAGUGGACUCCCCAAAAUGACAUCCCACUCACACGGGCCAUUAGUAAGGCCCAGGACAGGCCUGCUCCUCCUACUAAACCUCUCCCACCUGAUCCUGUCUCUAAACAACUCUCACAGUCAGCAGGGCAACGGCCCGACCCCCCCAACAAGCCCCUCCCACCCGACCCAGCCCCUUCAGAGAGCAAGACGCAGCGAAAGCCAACAGUGACACGACCAGCUGCUCCGAGCAAGCCCCUCCCCCCCGACCCUGUCCUAUCAGACAGAGAGAUGGAAAACCACGGUCCCCCAAGACCUCCGGUUCCCAGGAAGCCUUUGCCUGCAGACCCCUGUGGUUACCCCACUGCCCUGCCCCUGCGCCCUCUCUCACAGCCAGCAGGGCACCAUGCAGCUUCUGGCCCUGCUUCCUCCUUCACCACAUCUGCUGCUGCUGUUCCUGUGAGACAUGCCCCGCUGCCCCCCAUUACAACAACACACCACCCAAGGAAAUUCCACAAACCUCCCCAGGUGUAACGGAUGAGCCCACCUAAGCCCACUGCAGCCCAGUAUGGGUCUGCCAGGGGGCCAGCACUGAUCUGCACACUCCCACAGUUCUAAUUGCACUGACCACUGAUGAGGACUCUACGGAGCCUGAGCUAUGAUUUAUAAAUCACCCCAAACAGGCAAACUGGAGGACAACUCACACUGAAUCUCACUGGACCUUUACUGUCAAUACAGAGCACGUCCAUGAAGAAAUGUAUGAACCGAUGCACAGAAUCUGGGAAUAACUUCUGGGAAUAACUUCCGUUUAACACCUGGACAUAUGUGAAGUGAUUAACCAGUCAGUACCUUGAAAGUGCACACAGUGGGGAUGCUACUCGUUUGACGUGGCCAUCUUAGCGUGCUAAUUACAGCGUCCGUGUCCCCGUGAGUCAGUGUUGACUCCACCAGACGAGUGAUGUCUGCAGGCUGACCUGGAAGCCUGUGGCUCCAACGCUAGAUUGCAGGGCUAGGAAAUGUACCCUUCACUUUCAGCCAGUAACUGAGAAUUACAUAUUCUAUAACGCUAGCUGACUCCUGUGGAAGAAUCCUAUAACUUGCGGCAGCCUAGUCGGCUCAGUAACGAUCCAGAAGGUUUGUGGUUUAUUACGUAACCUGUUCCCUCUCUCCUACUGCAUGGCAAUGCCAUUAGCAAGCUGCCCAAGGUUGUCCACUGAGGUUGGCACAAGCCAUUGUCUAGCAUCACUUGUUUAAAGCAAAAAUGUCAAAUGAAUGCCGUGAGAAAUGACGCAUAGAGAGCUGGAGCGACCGUUUGUUUGGACUUUUUGCCUUUUGUAAAUACUAAAAGCAGAAAUUUGUGUGCAUCUUGCAAUGCAGUAUUUUUAUGCAAUAAACUUGCAACAUUGAUGAAUUUUCAA